UUUUUUUUGUUAACGUUGAGUGUCAAUUUCAGUGGCGGGAGAAAUUGUUUGUCCUUGAUAAUAUUUUUAAAACCCUCAUUGACGUAUUUUUAAUAAUAAAUAAUAUUUGUUUAAUGUAAAAAUAUUUAAAUAAUAAUUUAGAUAAGAUAGAAGAAAAGUAAAAAAAAAAAAACAAAAAAAAAUGAAACCAAAUGGUAAUAAAAACUCAUCAACUGGAGUAAUUCAUUGGGGUGAAUUAGCACCAAGAGAAACACAUAAACAAGAAGUUAUAACACCAGAUAUUAUUGAUAAUAUAUGGAGACAAGUUAUUGAUGAUUCAAGUACAAAUGAUUGUGAUUAUCAAAAUGAACAAUCAGAAUUUUUAUUAUUACCAAUGGAUAAUCCACAUGUUUUAAAUACAGUACAAUUACAUAGCCAAUUAAGAUCAAUUGAUGAUGGUAAAAUAUAUAAUGGUAUAAGUGAAAUUGAUGAAAAACAAUAUAAAGAUAAUAAAUUACCAAAUAAUCCAUUUCAUUUUUUAUCACCAAAAACAACAGAUAAAAUUAAAAUGAAAAAAGUUAAAACAAUACAUCAUUUACGUUCAUCAUCAUCAAGAAGUUUAUUAAAACAUUCUGUUAUUGUAUUAUCAGCUCAUGUUGGAUAUGAUAAAUCAUCUGAUAUUGCUAUUGAAACAUUAACUGAUGUUGCUGAUUAUUUUUUAAAAAGAAUAACUUUAUUAUUAAAAAUUGCAUCUGAACAAAAAGAACAUGGUUUUCCAGAUGCAAUGGAGAGAGUACUUGUUGAGACUGGUGUUGGUGGAGUUGUUAAAAUUCAUGAUUAUUAUCGUAAUUAUGUAUUAAGAUAUGAAGAAAAAAUUAAAAAACAAGUUGAAAAAAUGAUUGAACAACAACAACAAUUGGAGCUCAGUACAAGUGUCAAAAUGGAACUAGAUGAGGCAGUUAGCAAAUUACAAUUUGAAGAACUUGAUGAAUUUGGAAAUGAUUACAAAGAUGUACCAACACUUCAACUUCUUGAUCCAGAUAUGAGUUUUCCACCAAGUCUCAAUGCUGGUUUUCAAAUGCUCCACAGUCUAGAGCAAGAUGAGUAAAUUUUUAUAUUUACUCAUCAUUAUUUUUAAUAUAAAAAAAUACAAAAAUAAACUUGUAAAUAAAAAUAUUCAUUUAAUUUUAUAUUGAAAAUAUACAUAAAUAAAUUAUUAAAAAUUUUUUACAAAAAAA